CUGCGUCCACUGUCCAGUGCUCUGCUGGCGCAGCUCUAUCCACAGAGAAAAAUAAUUUGUGUGGCCAUGGCGAUUACCGAUUCCUCCUCCUUUCCCAAUUCCCAUCCCUCCCUUCCACCGUCUCUCUCACCAUCACCACCGCUUCCCAUUCUGUCCAUUUCCAAGUCCCCAUGGCCGCCGCCGCCGCUUCUCCCCGUCUCACCGCCCUCUUCGUCGCCCAAAACCGCUCCCUUGUCCCUCGACGCGCCACCGCGAUUCUCAAUCUCCGGCCGAAUACUCGCCGCCGGAGACAAAACCCCUCUCUCCACUUCCCUCCUCUGCCGUCCGGCCGAGACAUCUCCUGCAAGGCGACCGAGGUCUCGCUGAGCGAUGAGUCCCCAUCUCCGUCGUCCGGCGGCGGCGGCGGCAACUGGGUUCCGGUGGUGCCGCUGGCGGCGCUGCCGAAGGGGGAGCGGCGCGUGAUUAUUCAAGAAGGGGAGACGAUUCUCUUGCUUUGGUAUAAGGAUCAAGUGUUUGCCAUUGAGAAUCGGUCUCCUGCUGAGGGAGCUUACAGCGAAGGGCUCAUCAACGCCAAGCUCACCCAGGAUGGUUGUAUAGUUUGCCCCACAACGGAUAGCACGUUCGAUCUUCGAACUGGAGAGAUCAAAGAAUGGUAUCCAAACAACCCUGUGCUGAGAGUCCUCACACCUGCUCUCAGAUCACUCUAUGUAUACCCUCUUAAAACGGACGAACAGAACAUCUACUUAGGGAUGAGCGGAGGUGCACCGUCAGAUGCAUCUGCUGAGAUCGUAUUCAGUGGGACAGCUCAACCCGGUUUCACAUCAAGUGAUGUCAAUGUCGAGGAGGUGAGGAUGGUGGUCGACGAUGAGGUGGGAGGGUUCGGUUUCACGAGCAGGAACGAGUCGAUAAACGGGAAAGCAGCCGUGAUAGGGUUCUUGCUGCUGUUGGAUUUCGAGCUCUUGACGGGUGAGGGGCUACUCAAAGGUACAGGGUUCUUGGACUUCAUAUACUCUGUCUCCAACGCUCUCAACUAGAAGAGAGCCCAUCCCCCUUGAUCGGUUGGGAGUUUUCUGGUUGUGGAGACGACUGCUCCCGGGACUUAGUACUCUGAGAUUCAUUCAAAGGAAUUCGUCGAUGCAGAAUUGCAGACUUUACCUAUGUUUCUGGAUUUUUGUUGACCAUCUAUAAUAUUGCUGUAUAGUAUCUGAUUAGCAAGUACAGUACACCAGCUACAGUUCAUGCAAGAUCCAAAGGAAACGACGACAGACCUGCGCAUAGCUUCUAUAACUUUGAGCUAUUGAAUUGAAGGUAAACUAUUUCUUCA